AUGAAACAAUUAACAUUACUUGAUAUUUAUUGUAAUCAAGUUGGUGUAGAGGGAGCUAAAUCAAUUAGUGAAAUGAAGCAAUUAACAUCACUUAAUAUUUCUAACAAUGAAAUUGGUGAUAAAGGAGCCAAUUUCAUAAGUGGAAUGAAACAAUUAACAUCACUUAAUAUUGGUAGCAACAAAUUUGGUAACGAAGGAGCCAAAUCAAUAAGUGAAAUGAAACAAUUAACAGUACUUUAUAUUGGUCUAAAUCAAAUUGGUGAUGAAGGAGUCAAAUUCAUAAGUGAAAUGAAGCGAUUAACAUCAGUUGAUAUAUGCUAUAAUGGAAUUGGUGUAAAAGGAGCUAAUUCAAUAAGUGAAAUGAAACAAUUAACAUCACUUGAUAUUUGUCUAAAUCAAAUUGGUGAUGAAGGAGCCAAAUCAAUAAGUGAACUGGAACAAUUAACAUUACUCUAUAUUUCUGCGAAUCAAAUCGGUGAUGAAGGAGCCAAAUCAAUAAGUGAACUUAAACAAUUAACAUCACUUGCUAUUUCUGCGAAUCAAAUUGGUGUAAAAGGAGCUGAAUCAAUAAGUGAACUUAAACAAUUAACAUCACUUGCUGCUUCUGCAAAUCAAAUUGGUGCUGAAGGAGUCAAAUUCAUAAGUGAAAUGAAACAAUUGACAUCACUUGAUAUUGGUAACAAUAGAAUUGGUGCUGAAGGAGUCACAUUAUUAACAUCACUAACCUCUUUAAAAUUUCUUGUUUGCAUUGAUGUUUGA